CCGGUCCCGGUGCCGCACCCGGGACGUGCCAGGCACCGCGCCGGUGCGAGCAGUGUCUGCCCGCCCUUUCCGCUUCCGCCGCCGGAGCCGCCGCCAUGAUCGGGGAUCUGCUGCUCUGCGGGACGCUGCUGGUGAACGCCGGUGCCGUGCUCAACUUCAGGCUGAGGAAGAGGAACGCGGAGGGGUUCGGCGAGGAGUCGAGGGAGCCCACGACCGGUGAUAACAUAAGAGAGUUCUUGCUGAGUCUCAGAUACUUUCGAAUCUUCAUUGCCUUGUGGAACAUUUUCAUGAUGUUCUGCAUGAUUGUGAUAUUUGGAUCUUGAAAGUCAUCCAUAAACAUGCCUAUCACCUUGGAAGAGACACUUGGCUGUAAACCUAACUUUUCUGUAAAGUAAAAGAUGAGAAUGCUUUCCAGACACAGCCCUGGGACCGUGUCCUGUUCUUCAGUGCAAGCUUCUGAGGCACUCCAGGGACGGGACACAUCCAUCCUCUUCAGCCAGUUGUGUCAUCAUCUGGUGCACACUGAGUCACUUGCUGCUGGGGGGAUUGAGCCUCUAGGCCCCCAAGCCCAAAUCCUCAAAGUAAGAUUAUUUCCACUUUCCUGAAAUAAAGAGUACUUCAAAUUGUUUUGCUAGGCUUAGAGCACAGUGCCCAGCACGCAGGGUAGAAUCAGAGCAUGGCUGAAGAGCAGUCUUAGAAGCUCCACAGGGUUGGUCUCUCCCAGGUCUGAUGUCUCUGCUAGCAUCAUCCUCUAGGAAACUUGGAAGUCAAACUUUGUGAUUCUGAUUUUUAUGAAGUUGAGCUGAGUAUUGAUGCAAUUCCACACUGUUGCAUUUAGUUUUGUUGGAGAACUAGAAAAGGAUGAUCAAAUGGGAUUCUCACCUUCCUGUUUUUCCAAGAAAGUGCUUUUUAAAUUAAAAUUUCAGAGAAUUGUUUUUUUUCCUAAGCAAUAUUUAAGGCAUUUUGGAUAGGAAAUAUAGCAAAAUAAUUACAUAAGGCAAUGCUGAGGAAUAGUUUUGGAAUUAUCUUGGAUUUGGUUAAAUAAAAUUGUUCUGUAUAAAGCUAAAA